UUGAAAUCGGAUAACUCUCUGCUUCGCUGCACCUUUCUGCUUCCGCUUUAUACUAAACCCUAAUCCUUUCUCCUCUCGUCUUCUAUCCUUCGCGCGCUUAUUCUGGAGGAAUGGCUGCAAUCUCUUCGUUCUUGGCUCCUAAUUUCUACCAGAAUCGUAUCGACUGCGGCCGAAGCGCCAAUGCAUCAGCUUGGGUGGCAGCCGGAGCUUCUCCAGAGAGAUACCGAGCGUUUCCGGCCUACUCUUCUAGUUCCUUGCCUAUUCUCCGGAGGAUUGCGUUCAGGGUGUCGGUAGUAGCGGUGGAGGCCUCCGCGGCGGCUGAGCCGGAAGCUGCGCGUAGGCUCUAUGUGGGGAACAUACCGAGAACCGUGACAAAUGAGGAGCUAGAGAAUAUAUUUGGCGAGCAUGGAUCCGUGGAGAAGACCGAGGUUAUGUAUGAUAAAUACUCUGGUAGGAGUCGGCGCUUUGCAUUUGUGACAAUGAAUUCAGUAGAGGAUGCAAAUACUGUGAUUGAAAAGCUCAAUGCCACUGAAAUUGGAGGUCGGAAAAUCAAAGUAAAUGUGACAGAAAAACCACUUGCUGCUCCUGAUUUAUCUCUUAUCCAAGGUGAUGAGUCAACAUUUAUAGACAGCCCACACAAGGUUUAUGUUGGCAAUCUUGCAAAGUCAGUUACCAGUGAUGUACUCACCAAAUUCUUUUCUGAGAAGGGAAAUGUUCUCAGUGCAAAAGUAUCUCGAGUUCCAGGAACUUCAAAAUCUAGUGGCUUUGGCUUCGUGUCAUUUUCGUCGGAGGAGGAUGUGGAAGCUGCUAUUGCAUCGUGCAAUAAUGCUGUGUUGGAAGGGCAGAAGAUUCGCGUCAACAGAGCAACAUGACGAUCGAAGUUGCCCGUGCAUCAUGGAUCACUGAUAACAUUAUAUGUUUCUUGCAACAUGAGAGAAACCAAUCUCAUUCGUAUGUUUCUGAAACUAUUGUAAGUUUGUAGAUCAAUUUAUUUGACAUAUAUGAUUAUCCUGUCUGAAA